AUGUCCCAGUUUGAGCAGCAUGUAAAUAUCAUGUGCAAAUUGGGGAAAACUGUUGUAGAGAUACUUUCGGCCCUGCAGCAAAUUUACGGUGAUAAGACACUAAAGAAAUCUGCAGAUUACGAUUGGUUUGGCUGGUUUAAAAACGGACAGAUGUUGGAGGAUGACAAACGCAGCGGGAGACCUUCAACAUCCAGAAGUGGAGAAAACAUUGAAAAAGUUCGAGAACUGACUAAAAAUGAUCGAAGAAUAACCAUCGCUGAGUUGGAGCAAGAAGUUGGUAUCUCUCACGGAUCCAUUCAUGCAAUUCUUUCCGAGGAUCUGAAGAUGAGACAUGUCAGUGCAUGA